CCGCCCGCCGCCUAAAACCGUUAACCUUCACCCUAUCUGAACUUCCUCGCGCUAAAGACAGGAAGAAGCCCUGAGCUUUUCCCAUGGCUGCUCAAUUACUGAAUUCGAAUGUUACUGUUCCGAUUGGGCGUCUUUCGUCGCUCGAUUAUCGGAAAUCACAGAAGGCUCGUCAAAUUCAUCUCUUCUUUAAACCAAAGGAGAGCAAUUGUUCUGGAAAACCAAAUUCCAGGCAAUUCCGAAUAGGAUGCUCGGCAAAGCCGAUCCAAACCCUACGAACCUGCAAGAAUUGCAAAACUCAGUUUGAUCCUUCACUUAAUCACCCCCGGGCUUGCCGUUACCACACUGCUCAUUUCGGAGGAGAAACAAAGAGGAAGUUUGAGAGUGUGCACACUGGGGGCACCAUGGAUUCACCUGACUCUGGUAAAGUCUUUCAGUACUGGCAUUGCUGUGGCUCUGAAGAUCCUUUUGACCCUGGAUGUACUGCUGCUCCACACUCCUCCUACGAUGACUGAUGCAGCUUCCAAUCUCCUGAAACCGUGUCCAUUAUUGAACUAUCACCAAUAUCUGUAGAUGUACAAUUUUCAAUUUCUGUACCUUGCUUUCUCUUUUGUAAGCAAUACAAAUUAAUGAAUUGUGAUUUUUUUUAUUAUCUAUCAUCACAUAAUGAGAUUAAGGAUU